AUGGACAAACGAUACCCAACAUCGGGGCGGGCUGGCGCAUUGAACUCGGAGUGGAUUUCGACGCCGAGCACAUUCAUAGGAAAUACUUUCCGAAAGCGCAAUGCCUCAGGCAUGUCGGACAUGAUACCUCCAGCGCCGACGGCUGCGCGAGGCGCUGCGCGAUACCUUUUCCUCCGAGCGGUCAAGAAAGAAGCACGGAUAUCGAUCAACAAAUCUUCAACUGCAAGAAUCACGCCGUCUCCGUCGCAACGUGGUGCGACACCAGAGGAAAUAAAAAGAAGUGAUGACACAUUCCACGCCAUACCGAAGGAAGGAACGGUAAUGUUAGAUCGUGAAGCAUGGCUCUGA